AAAUCCAGUAGCUCUUCCCUCAGUCUUGAGAAUCUUGCUUCCACCCAUCUGUGGGCACACUGGCCUCAUCCUUCCUUCUCCUUCCUAGGGAAGACAGCACUGCUGCAUGCUCUGGCUAGCAGUGAUGGAGUGCAGAUCCACAACACAGACAACAUCCGGCUCCUCCUGGAGGGAGGGGCAGAUGUCAAGGCCACCACCAAAGAUGGGGACACUGUGUUCACAUGUAUUAUCUUCCUCCUUGGUGAGACUGUCUGUGGGGACAAGGAGGAGGCCCCGAUGAUCAACCGCUUCUGCUUCCAAGUUACACAGCUUUUGCUGGCCCAUGGGGCUGAUCCCAGUGAGUGCCCAGCCCAUGAGUCGCUCACACACAUCUGCCUCAAGAGCUUCAAGCUGCACUUUCCCCUCCUGCGCUUCCUGCUGGAGUCUGGGGCCGCCUACAACUGCUCCCUGCAUGGUGCAUCCUGUUGGUCUGGCUUCAGCCUCAUUUUUGAGAGGCUGUGCUCCCACCCAGGCUGUGCUGAAGAUGAUAGCCACAUUGAGCUUCUGCAUAAGGCUGAGACUGUGCUGGACCUCAUGGUGACUAGCUCCCAGAGGCUCCAGCUACCUGAGAACUUCAACAUCCACCCAGUGGGUAGCUUGGCAGGGAAGAUCCAAGCCCUGCAUGCCUCCCUGAGGCAGCUAGAGAGCUACCCACCACCUCUCAAACAUCUGUGCCGUGUGUCCAUCCGGCUAUGCCUGCGGCCAUGGCCUGUGGACACCAAGGUCAAAGCCCUGCCGCUGCCUGACCGGCUCAAGUGGUACCUGCUCAGUGCACACAGUGGUACAGAAGACAACUGCUGAUGGACCCUGGAACAGAGUGGUCAGGGUUGGCUGAAGCCAACCUGCAGGUAGACCUGGUACUUGUCACAGCCUCUGGAGGGUCUUUUAUCUGGGCAAGCUUUUGCCCUUUACUGAAAUGAAACAACUAGGGUAGUGCCCUGGGGGCCAAAGGCAUGGCUGCCUCCCGGAGACUCCCACCUCCUUCCUCCCUCUGCAUUCUCAAGUCAGCCACAUUUUGGAGGGGCUGGUGUGGACAGGACACAUCUGCCCUCUGAAUUGGGAGCUGAGCAGGCAAUUUGCAGAAGCAGGUGAGCAGAGACCAGGCCCCUUGGAGCUUUGGCAGCUGAUUGACCCUGAGGGGAGGCACAUUCCUGGGUCUUUCAGGGACCAGUGCCAAAUUCCUGGACCAUCCAGUUAGGCCCUGCUCUGUCACCUCAAGUCUCACAGUGUUUUAAGGCGCUAGAGAUGGCACUGAGGCUACCAGAGUGGUGGUGAUCUUCUGGAUUAGAGGCUUGCCCCAUCCUAUAGCCUUUAGUGACCUGUGGUUGGUGGCAGCUCUGCUCAUGCCACGUCCAGGUCUUGGGGACUGUGCCUUCUGCUUAAAGGUGUCAUGAGCACAACAGGACAGUCUGUCUCAAGGGCCUGGCUUUGUGAGGGGCUCCCCAAACAUGUCACUGAGGCCAGAAGCUGGCUCUCCUCUCUAAUGCUAAGCUCUUGCAGGCCCUUCCCAGGCAGCUUGGCCUUUGGGAGUGAGCAGAGAUGAUUAAAAAUAUUUAUAAAAUUAAA